CUUGACGCCGAUCAAGACAUCACAUCUGCCGAACUUUUUUCCCACUAAAAUGUACCACUCGGCCCUGGUCCUACUUGAGCUGUGCUACUUCUUCUUCUCAUUUCUUUGACGUGACGGAGUACCUAUCAGAAUGUCAUCGUCAGUCGCAGCGCUCAUCGGACAACACCCAUCCAAUACUUGCCAUGAAACUCAUUUGGUCUCAGGAAGCUCUAGAAUAUGGACAAGGUCAUUCCCACCUAUUACUAACUUAAUCAUUCACUUGCAGAUACAGGGUGAUCAGGCGACCCAGGCCGAUUUUCGGGCUUUCCACUCUAAAGAAGGGGACGAUUCUCUCAGGCUCCAAGAACACGGCAAUACACCCAACGAGAGAUCCCAACGAUUGAACUCGUAGGAAGAUGGGAUUACGUGGUUCCACACCGAGGUGUCCGACGUCGUCCUUGCCGCCUUUAAAAGGUAUCCUCAUGUUUUACAGACUUCUCACGACAAGCCGAUGUCUGAGUCUCGU